UUCCGUCGUCCGGCCCAAACAUAGAUUUUGAAGCUGGGAACACCGUUGUGGUCGCUCUCUGUGGAGCGCUCCCAAUCCCAGCACCAACGAAUUUGCUUUCUCCUUCAUUUCUUCCUCCUUCUUCUUUUUCCAAUCAUCGCGGCCUCUCCAUCUCCAUCUCCAUCUCGACUCUGUGCGAGGGUGAUCGGAGAAGCUCGCAGUCGAACCGCAUCGCGGGUGCCGAGCUCGGAGAUUCAGCGCGGGAUUCUGCCGUCGCGAGGCCUGGAUGUCGAGAACGUGAUUCAGUCGGAGUUCUUGAGAGUUUUCGACUGAGACCGUUGCGGAGCUGUUUUCAUUUCGCGAUCCUCACCGUCGCGGUUUUUGAGGAAGUAGGAUUGAUUAUAGAUGCGGUUAGGUAGACUGUCUGAAGCUCUGGUGAAUCGGAGCUGUGACAAUUUCCUUCUGACUCAUAGCUCAAGCCUCUUCGUUGUAUCCGCAGGCCUUACUUCUGACGAAUUAGUUCCCCGUCCUCAUUCUGCGGGAAUCGGUUGAAACUGCUCGAGGACGGCCAACGAGAUUGAAGGAGAUCGAGUCAGGAUUUCCAGUUGUUGUGGACAAGAUAUGCAUCCUUGUAGUUAAAGGGUUAAUCUUCCGAAAGAGACAUGACAAAACAUCGAUUCCGAGAUUCAAUAAAGUCCUUAUUCGGGAGCCAUAUUGAUGCAGAGGCAGGGGAACAGCUGAAAGGAACUAAAUCAGAAAUUGAGGCCAAGGUGAAUAGGAUCUUGAAGCUUAUCAGAGAUGAUCAUCCUGAAGAAGACAACCAGGAUCCAUCUGGGGAGUCUAAAAGAAGAUCGCUUGAAGAGUUAGUGAACGAGUUCCACAAAAAGUAUCAGUCCCUGUAUGAACAAUAUGAUUCUCUCACAGCAGAGCUCCGGAAAAAGGUUAGUAGCAAACAAAGUAAAGAUGAACCUUAUUCAUCAAGCUCUGAUUCAGACUCAGACUCGGAUCAUUCCUCAAAGAAAGGCAGUAAAAAUGGUCAAUUAGAAAAUGAUUGGGAAAAAAUCACAGCUGAAAUGAAGCAAGAACUUGAAACAGCAAAUCUAGAAGUUGCUGACUUGAAGAGGAAGUUAACAAGCAUGACAGAAGAGAGAGAAACUCUGCAGUCUGAAUGCCAAGUAGCUUUGAGCAAGGUACAAGAAGCAGAAAACAGUAUCCAGGAGUUGAACAUCAAAGCUGAAAAGUUAGAGGAGGAAAGAUCCGAGCAUUUUGCUGACAACCAGAAACUGACUGAAAAGUUGGAAAUGCUUGGUACGGUUGAAGUAGAACAAAAACAAAGACUGGUGGACAUGACAACUGAGAAAGAGACCUUGAUUGCAGAGAGAGAGGCUGCUCUGGAAAAGAUUGAAGAGGGAGAAAAAAUUACCAUUGACUUGAGAAACUCUGUUGAUCAGAUGAAAGGUGAAAAAAAAGCUCUGGAACUGGAACUAGAAUCUGUGAAAGGCCAUGUUUCAGGUAUGAAGGAGCAUCAAGAAUCAGCAGAACAGAAAAUUGCAGAUUUAAGCCACUCCCUAGAAGUCACUUUGGAAGAAAACAAGUCUCUAUCUUCUAAAGUGUCUGAACUUUCACAUGACGUUGAGAAUGCACAGAAAAAGAUUGAAGACGUCAUCAGAGAAUCAGGAGAAAUGAAGAAAACUUUGGAUGAAAAAGAGAGGGAACUUUUGGCUCUGACAGAAGUGCAUCAAGUCCAUCAGAAUGAUGCAUCAGCUCAGAUGGAAGGCCUGAAAGCACAGAUAACAAAUCUCGAAUUGGAACUUGAAACUGUGCAAACUGAGAAAAAGGACAUACAAGAGCUGGUAGAAAGAAAAACAACUGAAGCAAAACAACUGGCUGAGGAAAACAUGCAACAGACAGCCCGAGCUGCACAAUUUGAAGAAAUGUCGAAAGCCAGAGAAGAUGAAAUAUCGGCUCUCAAGAUGAAGCUUGAGGAUAGUGAAAAGGAGUCUCUCUCUAGGACGGAGGAUUUGACCACGCAGGUGAAGACCUUGCUUCACAAUCUGGAAUCUUUACAAGCUCAAAAAGCUGAAAUGGAGGAACAGAUUGUUUCGAAAACUGAUGAAGCAUCCACCCAACUCUCUGGGCUAAUGGAUCAGGUUAAUACAUUGCAGCAAGAACUGGGAUCUCUGGGAAACCAGAAAGCUGAACUGGAAUUGCAACUUGAGAAAAAAUCUCAAGAGCUUUCAGAAAAUAUGGUUCAGACAGAAAGAUUGAAGGAGGAGUUGACAAGAAAAACUAUUGAUCAAGAAAAGAUUAUGGAGGAGAAGGAGGGUUUAGCGAGUCGGGUGAAGGACCUGGACCUAGAGACAGCUACUAUACGCACCCAGAAGGAUGAAAUGGCAGAACAGAUAAGAACUAUAGAGAAGGAGAACGACCUGCUUAGAGAGGAAAAGGCAGAGUUGCAGAGAAAUGUUCUCAAGUUUCAGGAGACUCUCGAUUCUCUUCAUGGACACAAAAGCGAAAUAGAAUUGCAGCUUGAAACAAAGACUCAAGAUUUUUCGGAGCUCUCUGCCCAAAUGGAGGGCUUGAAACAGCAGCUAGCGAGUGACAAAUAUCAUCAUCAGAAGACAAUGGAAGAGAAAGACGGCAUGACAGUCCGGAUAAAGGACCUCAUGCUUGAGGUGGAUUCUCUGAUCAACCACAGAAUUCAACUGGAAGAGCAGAUAAAAAGCAAAAGUAGUGAGAGUGAUCAGUUGCAGGAGGAAAACAGAAGACUACAGGAUAGCGUCCUUGAAUUGGAGAGGAAGCUAUCAGAGAAAGAGGAUGAAUUUUCUGCUCUACAUGAAAAAUUUGAACAAGGCGAAGCUGAAGCUUCGGCUAAAAUCAUGGCUUUGGAGACGCAAAUUAACAAUCUGAGAGAGGAUUUGGAUCUCUUGCAGAGUCAGAAAACUCAAUUGGAACUACAAUUUGAAAAGGAGAAACAAGAAUCUUCAGAAAGCAUGAUGCAAAUGGAGAAUCAGAAAAGCCAAGUAGCCAACCAGAGUGAAGAUCUGCGGAGAUUGCUUAAAGAAAAGGAGGAUGCACACAAAUCGUUGAGUGAGGAACAUACGCUAGUUGGAGGCUUAUUUCAGAAGUGCAAGGAAAGCCUCGAGCGGGCAGAAGGUAGGAUGAAAGAAAUGGAAGCUGAGUUCCGCUCAAAAUUUCAUUCGAGGGACCAGACAGUGGCUGAUUUGGAAGAAAUGGUUGAAGAUUUGAAGAGAGAUCAAGAUUUAAAAGAAGAAGAAAUCAAUUCCUUAACCGAGAAUGUACGACAUAUCGAGGUUAAGCUCCGUCUCUCAAACCAGAAGCUUCGGGUCACGGAGCAAUUGCUGACUGAGAAGGAAGAGAGCUUCAGGAAAGCUGAAGCAAAAUUCGAACAAGAACAGAGAGCUCUUGAAGAAAGGAUUGCGUCCUUGUCUGAAACGGUUGCCUCAAACAAAGAAGCUUAUCAGAAAAUGAUUGCAAAAGUCUCUGACGAAGUAAAGGGCAGCUUCAUUACAUGGGAAGCUGUUGUCCAGAAAUUCGACACAGAAUUUAACAACUACGGAAACUGCAUUUUGGAAGCUAAUAAUGACUUGAACGUUGUGAAGAGCUGGAUAAGAGAUGCAAAUAAUGUGAAACGCCAACUAGGGGAGGAAGUUCGUGAAUUAGCAGAGCAGCUGAAGGAUAAGAAAGAACAGGAGUCGUUCUUGAAGGAUCUGGUUGAGAAGUUAAAGGUGCAAGUCAGUGAGGAAGAAGCUGAAAAGGGGAAACUGGUUAUAGCUCUAAACCGGAUUGAGAAUAAGGCCGAGGAACUCGAGACAACAUUGAAGGACAAGGACGAGGCGAUCUUUGGUCUUGGAGAAGAGAAGAGGGAAGCAAUCAGGCAACUCUGCGUCUGGAUUGAUUAUCAUCGCAGCCUUAAUGAUGAUCUCAAGGAAAUGCUAGCCAGGACGAGAACAGCCAGAGGCCAGAGGGCAGGCUCUUAACUUCUUUUCAUUCUAAUUGCCAGAUUUGUUCCGAUGUCGACAUCGACAUUUUUUUCUUGAUUGUUGAUUCCUUGUAGGCAAAGUGUGUUUGUAGAUAGAUUUUUGCGUGAUGGCUGUUUCGACAACAUUUAUAGUCAGGACUCAGGAUGUUGUAUAAAACUUGGUUGAUGCCUUUUUACUGGUCAUCGAUUGAGCAUAUAUGUAGACAUGGCAAACUAUUACAUGAGAGACUGCAAUAUUCCUGUCCGUGUCAAA